UGUUGUCCCUCCACAGAUUCCGUCCAUGGGUAAAGGAGAUGUGAAGUUGUUCGUGUUGUGAAGCUAACUCUCUAGCGCAAAUAAAAAAUAAACAAAUUCUGUUGGCGGACGUUUGGGGCACAUUGUGACAUAUUGAACUGUGCAGAUUUUAUUGGGCAGCUCUUGCCAGAAGACGGUAUAGAACGUUGUAGGUAGAUUGCUAGCUAACACGGACACAGGCCUAAUCAAUCCUCAGUUGCAAAGGAAAGCAAGUGUCACCUGUCGCCAGCAUGGACUCUUGGAUUCGAUUUAGUGCGCAGAGCCAAGCCAAGGAACGAGUUUUCAGGGCUGCACAGUACACCUGUACGUUGUUAGGUUACACUCUCCAGAAGGGUGGGGCAAGUGUUGAGUUCCUGAAGACAGUGAAACAACUGGAAGCUCAUGUGAGCCUAACAAGGAAGUUGAUGCGUCUAGGGAACUCCACAGAGGCUGUGGAGGCAGCGAAACGUGCUGUGCACCUCUCGGACAGCGUGCUGCGUCUCUGUCUGACCGUGGCCCACCUCAACAAGGCCAUGUACUUCGCCUGUGACAACGUGCUGUGGGCCGGCAAGGCUGGCCUCCUGCCCCAACUGGACCAGGUCAAGUGGAGCCAGAGAUCCUUCAGGUACUACCUCUUUGCCCUCAUCCUCAACCUAACCCGGGACGCCUACGAGAUCCGCCUGCUUAUGGAGCGUGAGGCCCGCUCCUCCCAUGUGGGGUCAAAGGCUACCUGGACCUCUUCUCCUCCCUCUCCUCCCUCUCCACACCCCUCUUCGCUCACCCCCGAGAACGUCGACCUCUCCGACCCCUCUUCCCUUCCCGGAGCCAUAUUACCUGUACGCCUCCGCAGACAGUUCCACCUGCUGGUGACGGUGCUGCGAAGCAACCCACCGCUGCUGCUGGACCUGCUGAAGAACGUGUGCGACGUGUUCAUCCCCCUGGACCGGCUGGGCAUCUACCCCACCGGCCAGGGCUUCGUGGGGGCCUGUGGCCUGGCCUCUUCGGUCCUCUCCAUCCUCACCAUCGUCCACCCCUGGCUCAAGCUCAAACCUUGAAGAAGCCAGAAUAUUUGGUUGAACGUUCUAGCUCGAGUCGAACAUUCCUCAAGCUCAAGCCUUGAAGGAGACAUUUUGGCCAAACUUUUUAGGUCCCCUAGAAGUGAAGAAGUGCUGUUGUGUCGAGGAAUGCAGCAUGACACAAGAGCAGGGGUCCUGUACACUGCUUGCUUGGAAGGUUUUGCAUUUUUUUAUUUGGAAUGCCAACAUUUUGGGCAGAUCAUGCUCGGACGAAGGUUGGUGGACUGAAACAGUGGCAUUUCGAAUCAAAGAGAGAAAAUGUGCAAAUGAGCGCUGUAUUGGAAAUCUGUCUUUUGUAUUCAGCUCGUGCUCUGAAAUUUUCAAACACAAAGUUCCCCAAAAGCCAUUUGGUUGAGUUGUUGUUAAGGACCUUCCCUAUGCAAGUGUAUAGAACCGGCACAUGGAAAAUUGUUGACUCAGAACGGUAGACGUUUAAACACCUUAAAGCACCAUACAUCACAACUAAUGGGCUUUGUGAAGUGAUACAUAGCACAAAGAAACACACAAUUGAAUGACGAUCUGGUUAUCUGAACACAAGCUGCGGGGAGCACAUUUAUAACCUUAAUCUUAAAUGGAUCCUGAUCUCUAGUUAGGAGACAAUUCCGUAUCCAUAUGGUGUUUCUGUCCUGUUAGCAUUGAAAAUUAUGGAAUUGGAAAAGAUUAUCUGUACAGUAUUGGUUUUGGAAAUGCGCCAAUGUCAUCCCUGUAGAACGCUGUACAGCUAGAUAAGUGGAAACGUUUACUCAGUUAAAACAUCACAUAUUAAAGCUUUAUGUCAAUGAAAAGGUGCAAUGAAAUAUUUGAUCAUACUGUGUGUGAAUAUGUAAUAAUAAUGACUUUUGAAGUGAAGGAUCCUUUUUAUAAACGGUAAAAGGGGACAUUUAUGGGCUGCCAGUCAGCUGUAUUUUUGUGCUCAUAGUGGUAAUACUGUAUGUCCAUCUAUAUUACCAACAUUUAUGCAUGUGUGACGUGAAUUAGUACAUUUACAGAGCCAGAAAAAUUAAAGCAAAUGAUUCGGUCAA